ACCUGCUGGCCAUUGUCUCUGUCGGCACGGGUCCAUUCCGGCCAGGAGAAUGUCCAGCUGAAUUAGAAUAGCCUCGAACGUUGCGCGGUGCAGCCUGAAGCUCAAGCGAGCACGGCGGCUGAGUGAGUCAUUUUCGGUGCAGCAGCCCCGCGGCGUGUGCAGUGAACCCGCAAGAAACAAUACGGUGAAAAAGGUGAACGGAUUGAGACUUUCGCCCGAUCGGAUGAAACGGGAAGCGAACGGGACGUGACGGUUCAGCACAGGAACGGAACAGGAUUCGCGGACCCGCACAGCAGGAGGACCGGCGGCCAUCGAGAUGGACACUUCGUCAUCGCCGUCGAAGCGAAGCAGCAUUCCGAUACCGAAGCGAAAAACGUCCUUGCACCUGUACAUCUCCGGUGGGGGCUCGUCCUCAAAUUCAUCGUCCAACGUCGGCUCCGCAUCGGCCUCGAUGAACGAGGAUGAACCGUCGUUCACGCGGAGUAUGCUCGGCUCGUUCGGUCAUUCGGAAUCGCCCCCACCGGCCGUUAUUGGUGGUACCCACCCGCCCGAGUACGUCCAGCUUAAGGAGAGCCACAAUCGGCUGACGGAUAAAUGCGAAAAAUUGAUGAAACGGAACGAGCAGCUUGAACGGGCCAACGAACAGCUCGGCCAAACGGUGAAGCAACUUAGUGCCAACGCGGAAAGCUCCAGCCGUGAGCUGGCAGAGUUUACCGAAAAGAACCGUCGGCUUCGGCGGAAGCUGUCGGAAAUCAUUCCCUCGACCACGCCGGGAGAUCCGUCGUCUGUCGUUGACGGGGCGGCAGAAAGUGACGAUGACGAGAUAACGCCGGAGCGGACGGCGCUGGCUGGUGGCGGCGGUCCGGCAGCGCGGAAAGGCGAGUCGGCCGGCGACGCAAAGACGACUGAAGGCGACUGGCUGAACGAGAUUGAGAAACUCAAAUCCUACCAGAACAAUGUCGACUUGCAGCUGUACGAAGCGAACGAGAAAAUUUCCGAACUGCUCGAAAAUAAGCAACAAUACGAAGAAACAAUCGAAAAGCUUCGGGCGGAAAAUGCUGAGCUGAACAAGGUGGCGCGCCUCAUGUCGCGCAACAUGCUGGAGUCUAUCGACACGACCAAGAGUCUCGGAAACUCGCUGAUGCAGGUCCGCCGGGAACGGGACCUUGUGCGGGGCAUGGUGCGCCAGAGCUGCGACUCGGUCGAUUCGAAGACGAGCACCAACGAGGAGAUUCAAAAGAUCCGCUCGGAGUACGAACUUCAACGUAAAACCUACGAAGCACAGUUCAUCGAAUACAAAAGCCUGAUGAGCGAAGAGCACGAGCGGAAGACAAACGAUCAGAUCGUGGUACUCGAGCUGGAGGUUGAGCGGCUUCGCGAGCUCCUUGCCGACGCCCUGGGACGGGCCGAGCGAGCCGAGGAGGAAGUGCGUACGCUACGCCAACAAAUCACCGCUAGCCGGUUUCUGGAACGUUCCGGAUUGGCUAUCGUUGGUUCCAACUUUUACGCCGCGGACUCCACGGAAGCGCUCGUGGACGACUUGUCCCUGCGGUGUCGCCGGUGUAGCCUUUCCAAUGAUCGCCGCUCGCCGACCGGUUCUUCACUGUCGUCAGCCGUAGCACCGGAGGCACCGACACUGCCACCACCACCGCCACCACCACCGCCACCACCACCUCCACCGUUGCCACUACUAGCACCGGCCGCUAACAAUCUCGCUAACAGCAAGCAUUUAAUCUCACCGAGGGGCUCAACGGCGGGAACCGCUGCCGGCACCGAACCAGCGCUUGGCUUAAGCGAAGCGAUUUCGAGACAAAAAUUAAAUCACGUAGCAAUAACGAAUGUAAAUAGUCACCAGCCAGCAACAGGUCUAGAUUCGGUGAUAGCUGACAUCAAGAGUGGCAAGGUGACGCUCCGGAGACGGCGUCCGAAUGUACCCCACGUUCCCGACAGCGGCGAUGCAGCCGGGAGUGCCGACGCUAGCAGUGGCGACGGACAGCCCAACUACAGCCAGCUGGCCGCCCGCAAUCCGGCGCUGAAGGAGAUGUACGAAAUUUUGGAGCGUAUGAAGCGGCAGAACCGGAAAUCGAAAAUCAUCGUCGAGUCGGAGUUUGGGUGCCAUCGCCACCAGCAACGUGGUGGAGGCGAUUCUGCAGCCGCCGACGAUGAAGACAAGGGUGUGCGCGGGGAACGAAUCAUCACGGAUGUAGCCGAUUUAUGAUGCCGCAGUGUGUUUUAACCUUAAUAACAUUUAGGUACAAUAACAACAACUAGAACAAUUCCUCGACCGUGGAACUGGUUACACGCUACCACACGUUUUAAUUGAUAUUUUAGAAACUAAGAUGCAUUUUGUUGAAAUAUACCAUCAGAAAGAGCUACUAUUUUAACAUAAUCGACACUCGAGU